UCCAGCUUUUCUUUGUCCCGCUGUUAUUUUAGCGUCGUCAACGAUGAUGUCAAAAACAGUUGUUCUACAUCUUAUGCUGAUAGUGUUCGGUGCCUUCCUAUGCAUGGAUUUCGGCGGUCAAUCGAAACUUGCAAACGGAACACAAUGGAGUGCAAAUCAAGAUACUUUACCGGAAGAGGCCACUUUGUUUUCAACAAGAUUACCUUUGAAGGUGCGCUAUUUAGGAGAUCAAGAUACUUUCAUGAGAUGGGAGGCUCCCGCACACUGUUCAGCAGCAAACUCAAGUGAUGUAGAAACAGAGAUAAGUUGCAGCACUGCGGGACUGCAUCGUGUCAGACUACAGUAUGUGCAUGAUGGACAGAUUAUAAAUGACAGUAGGGUAAUGAUCAUGAAGAAUACCCCACUGUGCUACAGAUGGUAUGUGCUGGUAGAAACAGGGGUUGAGAAUACAGAUGACAUUGUUGUUAAGGUUUGGAUAUGGGAUCCACUCCUCUCAAGUCUUGAAGAAAUGAAGCAAACUGCUAUCAAGCCAUCAAAGUUUUCAGAGAGACUCACCAAGAUAUUCGCUGGAAAGGGGCAGGUACCAGGAUUGUUAGAGGUGAUACCAGACCCUAGAUUUCAACUGGAUUGUUCCAACAUGACAUUCCUCCCAUCUCAUAGUAUGUGGGAGUUUUACGUUCGAGUUUCUCGGUGCAAGGCUCAUAGAGUACAAGUAAGCGGCAAACCAAGCGUGGCUUCACAUGGAUGUUUUAUCAGAGAUACCAAGGCAGUGAUAUCUUCAAUGUGCAUCGAUGAAAUACUGCAAUCUGAGGGGUCAUUGACUUUGAAAGGUCAACUUGGAGUUUCCAUAGUAAUCAAAGACCCUUGUAACCAGGAUACAGCCUUCCUUAUAAUGAGCGGACAGUGUGUGUUUACUACCGAUGGUUUUAAGUCCACUGAUCAUAUCAUGGUGUCACCUGAACUCUUAAUGGGCGCAUCGGUAAAUGUGAGAGACAUUGCUAUAACCUCUGACUCUAUAAUCUACCAACUUGAAGAAGGGUAUUUACUCAUACAGGACAGAUCCUCUGGAACAUUCAUGCGGUUGACAGAAUUUCAAGUGAAUGCAAUCGAGGGUAGACCAGCAUGUCAUCAUUCACAAAUGCGUAAGAUUGAAAACGCCAUGUUUCUCGGUUGGGACAAUGAAUAUAUAUAUAUCUGGUAUGAAGCUGAGUUACUACAAAGCAUUCAAGUGAGCAAGGAAGAAGUGUCAUCUUUACAGUAUCCAUUCUGGCUUAGCGAGGAUAUCAUGGAGGCAAGUCAUUCAUCUUAA